AUGCCCCGCUGCUCCUCUCUUCCAUUGUGUGUGCACUCUCUUUCCCCUCCGCGCCAUUCGCAUUUUGUCCCCAUCAUCUCCUCCUGUGCAUAUACUAUCACAUACACCGCUGCUCCUCUCCUCCCUUGCGCCUUCUCCUCUUUUUCCGUGAGCCCUCCCUCUCAUUCCCCUCUCAUUCUCUCAUUCCGUGCGCCAUCCUUCUCAUUCCCCUCUCAUUCCCCCCUCAAACUCUCAUUCCGUGCGCCUUCACUCUCAUUCCCCUCUCAUUCUCUCAUUCCGUGUGCCUUCACUCUCAUUCCCCUCUCAUUCUCUCAUUCCGUGCACCUUCACUCUCAUUCCCCUCUCAUUCUCUCAUUCCGUGCGCCUUCACUCUCAUUCCCCUCUCAUUCUCUCAUUCCGUGCGCCUUCACUCUCAUUCCCCUCUCAUUCUCUCAUUCCGUGCGCCUUCCCUCUCAUUCCCCUCUCAUUCCCCUCUCAUUCUCUCAUUCCGUGCGCCUUCACUCUCCUUCCCCUCUCAUUCUCUCUUUCCGUGUGCCUUCGCUCUCAUUCCCCUCUCAGUCUCUCAUUCCGUGCGCCAUCCCUCUCAGUCUCUCUUUCCGUGCACCUUCGCUCUCAUUCCCCUCUCAUUCUCUCAUUCCGUGCGCCAUCCCUCUCAUUCCCCUCUCAUUCUCUCAUUCCGUGCGUCAUCCCUCUCAUUCCCCUCUCAUUCUCUCAUUCCGUGCGCCUUCACUCUCCUUCCCCUCUCAUUCUCUCUUAGGGUGUGCCUUCCCUCUCAUUCCCCUCUCAACCUCUCAUUCCGUGCGCCUUCACUCUCCUUCCCCUCCCAUUCUCUCAUUCCUUGCGCCUUCACUCGCAUUCCCCUCUAAUCCUCUUCUCACGUGCGCGUUCUCUCGUCCCCCUCUGGUUCACUCCUCACUUUGUCCCAUUCCCCUCUGCUCCGCUCCUCCCGUGCGCAUGCUCCCUCUUUCCCCUCUGCGCCUAUCCGCCCAUGCGCAAUUUGUCUUUUUCCCCUCUGCUCCUCUACCCCCUUUGCGCCUUCUCGCUCGCUCCCCUCUGAGUCUCUUCUCCAGUGCGCCCUCUCUCUCUUCCCUCUGUUUCUCUUCUAGUGUGCACUCUUUCUCUUGUUCCCGUUUUGCACCUUCUCUCUCCCGUACGCUCGUCCUCGCUAUGCUCCACACUAGUGAUACUUCCUCAUCCUCUGAUUCAGUAGAUAGCGUGCUGCCCUUUGAACAAGAUGACGAUGCGUCUAGUAACGCUGCUGUAUCUGGUGCUGAUGAUGAUGGUGGGGAGGGAGCUCAAGCAGGUGUUGCACUGGCGGAAGAGGAAGAUGCCCCUCAGUUUAACCUCAAGGAUGCUCUUGCGCACUGGAUCCUCUCCAACCGACUCUCUAUAAGUCAGAUUAACGCUCUGUUGGAAAUCCUGCGCAAGACCAUUCUUGAAAUACAAGAUUGGAAGUCCUACCGAGACGUGCAGGCGUACGCCAAGUCUAGGGCGACGGAUGGCCACUGA